AUGUCUUUCACAGGAAAUCAGCACCCUUCCGAUUUUCCCGCUGUGCCUCCAUCUCUUUCCGCUGGCGAUCAUGGCAUGCAAGAUCAUUACGCCGCUCAAGAUACACAACGAAGUACACCACACACAGUAUCCAACAUCACCCCCUACCUCGGACUCCGUGCUCGAUUAUCCCAAGUAUGGAUCAACAGAUGGACCAUUCUUUUACUUCUCGUACUCGUUAGGCUGCUCAUCGCCAUCGCAGGUCUGCACAACGAUCUCGGGUCGGCCAAGACUGAAGCGAUGUCGGCAUGCACUGGAGUCGAAUCUAUAGGCAGUGCCAUGGCCUCCAUGCCUCACUACCUAGCCGCGGGUGUUAAUGAUUUGGCUGGUACUGGCAUCGAGAAGGCCGUUGACGGCCUGAUGUCCAUGCUCCUCCUUACUGUCACCGGCAUUGAAGAAAUAGUUGUAUUCGUCAUCAACAUGAUGACUUCGACCUAUAUGUGUCUAAUCACUCUUGUCGUCGCUGGAAGUCUGCACGUGGCGUUGCAAGUUGCCGAAGAUGUUAGCAACUUUCUCAACUCAACCCUCAAGGACAUUGGAAAUGAUUUAUCGUCAGACAUUGGCAGCUUCCAAAAUGACCUGAAUAAGUUUACACAUGGGGUCAGCGGCAGUCUUGCAAAGCUCGGUAUCUCUACACCGCCAACACUCAACGUUACCGGGUCCUUGGACAAGCUCAGCAACCUUCAACUUCCUGCCACUCUGGAUGAGGGCUUGACCAAGCUGAACAAUUCCAUACCCACUUUCCAGGAUGUGCAGAAUUUCACUGACAACCUCAUUCGCUUACCGUUCGAUGAUCUCAAGACCGUUCUUAAUGGAAGUCUGCAUUUCACUUUCGAUCGUUCCCUACUUCCAGUGCCGCAGAAAGAACAGCUGACGUUCUGUUCGGGCAACAAUGGCAUUUCCGAUUUCUUUGGCGACUUGGUGGAUAUUGUGAAUCUUGUUCGCCGGAUCUUCAUUGCGGUCUUGAUAAUUCUUGCCAUUCUGGUCUGCGUUCCCAUGGCUUACCAGGAAAUUCGAAGAUGGAACACCAUGAAGAAGCGAUCCGAGCUUGUAGCUGACAAGUCUAUCGACCCCCUGGAUGUGAUGUACAUUGCGUCUCGACCGUACACGGCCUCUGCUGGUAUCAAAGCCGCGACGCCCUUCGGGUCCACAAAGAAACAGAUUCUCACUCGCUGGGUUAUUGCCUAUGCCACAUCCCCUCCGGCACUCCUUGUGCUCGCGCUCGGUAUCACCGGUCUCCUUUCCUGCCUUUGCCAAUAUGCUCUACUCAAAGCUGUGAUGAGAGAAGUUCCUGCUCUCGCCAACGAAGUUGGUCAAUUUGCUGGCUUGGUUGUUGACAAGCUCGAAAACGCUUCUGAAGCUUGGGCCAAUGGCACCAACGAUGCGAUCAUGGGCGUAAACAACGACAUCAAUCACAAGGUCUUUGGCUGGGUCAAUGUCACCACUGGCGCCAUCAAUAACACUCUCAACAUGUUCGUCAGCGAUACCAUUGGCGUUCUUAACAAAACCUUUGGUGGGACAGUACUCUAUGGCCCGGUCACAGGCAUUUUCGAGUGUCUGGUUGGUCUAAAAGUCGCCGGUGUCCAAAAAGGUCUCGACUGGGUUUCUGACAACGCAAAUGUGAAUUUUCCCACAAUUCCAAACAAUACGUUCUCUCUUGGCGCCGCAGCCAGCACUGCUGACCCAAGCUCAUCAAAUGCGAGCGAGAGCUUCCUAGCGUCCCCUGGCAGCCAGACCACCAACGAUAUCGAAGGCGCUGUUCUGAAGGUGACGAAUCAUCUUGCCAACGGCAUCAGGACCGAAGCACUCAUUUCAACCUCGGUCCUGCUCAUCUGGGUCAUCAACCUGCUCCUCGGCGUCAUGCGUGCUCUAUAUUUAGGGUUCAGGCGCGAGAAGGGUCGCGCUGUUGGUGGACCGUCAUACGCCGGUGAUAUACCCAUGGAAGAGCAGCCUAGAGGCCGUGAUUACAGCACUGCUGGGCCAACUGAGCCUGCGCCUGCAUACGAGCCUCCAAGUUCAAAUAUCGCUGGAAGAACGAGGCCUUUCCUGAGCUUCGGCGUUCCGAUGGGACAGAGAGCGCCUACGGAUCGAGGGGAGGACCCUACGAACGAAGAACAGUGGCAAGACGAAAAGCUGGGCUUCGCAGGGCUAAGGGAGCCGGCAAGGGCAUCGCUGUCGCCAGGGCAUUUGAGUCAAUAUGGCAGGGUAGAAAAAUCAUGA